AUGAAUUAAAAAUUCUAAUAGAAAAAGGAUUUUAAAUGUAAGGAACAUCCUUAAGAAUCUGCAAUUUUUUGGUGCAAAUCGGCUGACUGUCAUGAAAAUAGGAUUUUCUGUAUUUAAUGUCAAAAAUUAUAAAAACAUUACAAACAUUUCAAUGAAGAUGUUGAUGAGAUUAAUAAAUUAAACUAAUUUUUGAUUACCAAAUCUCAGAAUUCAAAAGAUCUAAUAAAAGAUAGUAAAAUUUAAUUGCAACAAACUGCUCUCUCGUUAUAAUAUUUAAUUUCUGGCUUAUAAUUUCAUUCUGUGGAUUGGAAGACAAAAUAAAUGAAUUCGACAUUAAUUAAUAAUUAGCAGCACUUGAGUCUUAGAUUUUAUUUGAUGAGAUGAA